AUGGGCUUCACCGCCGACGAGGAAGCGUGCAUGUUCGCUCUCCAGCUCGGCUCAUCAUCGAUCCUGCCGAUGACGCUCAAGAACGCCAUCGAGCUGGGCCUCUUGGACACCCUGGUGGCUGCUGACGGCAAGCUGCUGAGCCCGGCCGAGGAGGACAAGGACGGCCGCCUCUCCCGGCGGUACGGCGCCGCGCCUGUGUGCAAGUUCCUUACACCCAACGAGGAGGGUGUCUCCAUGGCGCCUCUCGCGCUCAUGAAUCAGGACAAGGUCCUCAUGGAGAGCUGGUACUAUCUGAAGGACGCUGUACUUGACGGCGGCAUCCCGUUCAACAAGGCGUACGGGAUGUCAGCAUUCGAGUACCAUGGCACGGACCCGCGCUUCAACCGCGUCUUCAACGAAGGGAUGAAGAACCAUUCCAUCAUCAUCACCAAGAAGCUCCUUGAAUUGUACAAGGGCUUCAGUGGCCUCAGCACCCUCGUGGACGUGGGCGGCGGCAUAGGCGCCACCGUCGGCGCCAUCACCGCCCACUAUCCCACCAUAAAAGGCAUCAACUUUGACCUUCAUCACGUCAUCUCCGAGGCUCCGCCGUUCCUGGGUGUCACCCACAUUGGCGGAGACAUGUUCCAAAAGAUUCCCUCAGGGGACACCAUCCUCAUGAAGUGGAUCCUCCACGACUGGAGCAACGAGCAUUGUGCAACGCUGCUUAAGAACUGCUAUGACGCGCUGCCGGCACACGGCAAGGUGAUGCUCGUGGAGUCCAUCCUGCCGGUGAACCCGGAAGCCACGCUUGAGGCGCAAGGGGGGUUCCAUCUCGACAUGAUCAUGCUAGCGCACAACCCGGGUGGCAGGGAGAGGUACGAGAGGGAGUUCGAAGCCCUGGCGAAGGGUGCCGGGUUCGGAGCCAUCAAGACCACUUACAUCUACGCCAACACAUGGGUCAUCGAGUUGACUAAGUAG